AUGCAUUGUGUGGCUUUGGUUCUGCUAGGGCUUAUAUUUGUCGUUGGUGCCGAGGAAAGAAUUAUGCGGCUACGCGGCGAUGGCUGGAUCUGUCCCGAUGGGAGCCUACCGGAAUCCGUGAAGGUUGAUUGCAAGGAGAAAGCCGACGGAAGCGUAUUUGCGCCGCAGUUUGAUUGUCCGAGUGCCGGGGGCUGCGUGCACAACUUUACUGUACAAAAAGGGGCAGUGCGCAUGAUGGCGACGAUCGAGCCUAGGUGCCCAGCGUCAGCAACGAAAAACUAUUGCAUCACCUUUCACCUUCCGGACGAAACGAACCUAGGAGGAUCGCUGGGUUAUGAGCUGCUGAUGUUUGGAAUGCUGGGUGCGGAGCACGGCGAAAUGGAGAAAUUCCACUAUAGCGAAGUGCGGAAGAUGAAGAACAAAAACAUCUAUGGCAGUGAUCUAAAAACGCAACAAUCGGGAUGU